AUGCCCAUCGCACUCAGGGACCUCGAGAAGGUCAGAAUCUGUAUUGACAGAGAAGGAACCUUCUGCGAUGUGAUCGCUAUGACAGAGACGAAAGGUAAUCACCUUGUGAAACUUCUCUCAGUUGACCCCUCCAAUUACCCGGAUGCACCUCGAGAAGGUGUCCGACGUGUUCUCGAAUGGUUCACAGGCGAGAAGAUUCCAAGAGAUCAGCCAAUUGACACGUCCCGCAUCGAGUACCUUCGCAUGGGUACUACAGUUGCUACGAACGCUCUAUUGGAAAGAAAAGGUGAGAGGUGUGCUUUAUUGAUAGGUUUCAAGGAUGGCCUAGAAAUUGGUACUCAAAGUAGACCCUUCCUUUUCCAACUCGCCAUCAAAAAACCUGAUGUACUGUACACCAAGGUGGUCGAGAUAGAUGAGAGGCUCGCUUUGGACUGGCCUGGUUUUAAGGGUGAUCCAGCUGUCACACAAGCCGGAGAACUGGUUACCGGUCCAAGUGGUGCUCCGAUGAGAAUCUUGAAACCAGUCGACCCCGGCGCUGUCCGAAAGGACUUGCAAGCUUUGUACGAUGAGGGAUAUCGAUCCAUUGCGAUUGUCCUGGUACACAGUUACCUUUACGACGCUCACGAGAAGCAGGUAGAAGCUAUUGCCAAAGAAAUUGGAUUCCGACACAUCUCCGUUUCAGCUGAUCUACAACCUAUGAUCAACCUAGUGUCACGUGGUUCAAGUGCUACCGCCGAUUCGUAUCUUACACCUGAAGUUCGAAGAUACCUUGAAGGUUUCGCUUCGGGUUUCAAAGGUGGACUCGACGAUUCAUCAUGCAGGGUCAACUUCAUGCAGUCGGAUGGGUCGUUGUGUGAUUUCAGGAAGUUCUCAGGUCCCCAAGCUAUCUUAUCUGGACCUGCUGGGGGUGUCGUCGGUUACGCCAGAACCUGUUAUGAUGCCCUUGAUGGUUCCCCUGUUGUGGGCUUCGACAUGGGUGGUACUUCAACCGAUGUUUCCCGAUAUGGAGGAAAGUACGAGCACACAUUUGAGACUACCACCGCGGGUGUGACUAUCCAAACCCCUCAGCUUGAUAUUAACACUGUCGCUGCUGGAUGUGGCAGUAUUCUGACCUAUAGGAACGGACUCUUCGUGAUUGGUCCAGAGUCAGCUGGUGCCCAUCCAGGUCCAGCAUGUUAUAGGAAAGGAGAACCUCUGACAGUCACCGAUGCGAACCUGUUCCUUGGUCGACUCCACAUUGAUUCCUUCCCUAAGAUCUUCGGUCCCACAGAGGAUCAGCCAUUGGAUUAUGAGAUCGUCCGACAGAAUUCUCUUACUGCUGCUGAAGUGGCAUGUGGUUUCGUCAACGUCGCCAACUCGUCAAUGGCUAGACCUAUCCGAGCUUUGACUGAACAAAGAGGUUUCGCUACCAGUGCUCACAAUCUUGCAUGUUUCGGUGGUGCAGGUGGUCAACAUGCUUGUGCUUUGGCUGCUUUGUUGGGAAUGCACAAUGUUUUGGUGCACAAAUAUUCUUCAUUACUUUCCGCCUACGGUAUGGCAUUGGCAGACAUCGCUGUAGAUGUCAGCGAAACAUGUCAAUACCAGUACAACGCAAACACCCUUCCAGCUCUGCUCGAUCGGAUCGAAAAGCUGAAGUCCAAAGCACAUGAACGACUUAUAGCUCAAGGUGUUCACGAGAUAGAUGUCACUUAUGAGUGCUACCUGAACAUCAAAUAUAGAGGCAGUGAUACCAAAUUGAUGAUCCUGCAACCUAAGGAUGGCGACUUCGCUCGGGCUUUCAUCGAACAGCACAAACGGGAAUUCUCGUUCACUCUCGAAGCUCCCAUCGAAGUUGAGGAUAUCAGAGUACGAGGAAUUGGCUUGGGUGAAGAUGCAGAGAAGAAUAACGUAUCCACCUACGUCGAAGAGCUCACUCAGCUACCGGAUGUUCCUGUAGCCAAGGACGCUCACUUUGCAAGUAGUGAUGUCUAUUUCGAGGAAAUUGGCAAAUUCUCGCCAGUCAUGUUGUACAAGCUGGAAACUCUUGCUCCUGGUACUACAAUCAAAGGACCUGCAAUCAUCCUUGAUGCCACUCAAACUAUCCUUGUACACCCUCAAAAUACGGCUCGAAUAUUGAAAGAGCACGUUUACAUUGAUGUCGGUCUCGGCCCUCGAAAACAAUUGUCCACUGAGAUUGUGGACCCCAUCCAGUUAUCCAUCUUCUCCCAUCGAUUCAUGGGGAUCGCCGAGCAGAUGGGAAGAGCUCUUCAGAAGACUGCUGUAUCUCUGCAGAUCAAAGAGCGUUUAGACUUCUCCUGCGCUAUCUUUGGUCCGGAUGGUGCUCUAGUCGCCAAUGCCCCCAACGUACCUGUCCAUUUGGGAAGUAUGCAGUAUGCUGUGACGUUCCAAGCAGAGCUUCACAAGGGGAAACUGCGAACGGGCGAUGUCCUCGUAUCUAACACGCCAAGGAGUGGUGGUACCCACUUACCGGAUAUCACUGUCAUCCAGCCUGUCUUCGACGAUGCAGGAGAAGAUAUCGUAUUCUGGGUGGCAGCCAGAGGACAUCACGGAGAUAUAGGUGGGAUCGAUGGCAAUCCAAUGCAUCCCGACUCCACUGAAAGCUGGGAAGAGGGUGCAGCUGUCGACUCGCUUUUCCUUGUUCGAGAUGGGGUUUUCAACGAGAAGGAUAUCGUCGACAUUUUCAUGAAAGCAGGGAAAGCUGAUACUCGGGUAAAAGCUACUAGAGGAUUGGACAAGAAUCUUUCAGAUCUCAAAGCCCAAUGUGCUGCCUGCGCCGUUGGGUCCGCCCAGAUCCACUCUCUCUUCGGUGAAUAUGGCAAGACUGUCGUGCAACAUUAUAUGGCAGCCAUACGGACCAAUGCCGAAUUGGCAGUGCGAAACUUUUUCAAGAGUAGGGGGAGUGAGCCCCUCAUCGCUGAGGAUUACAUGGAUGACGGUACAAUCAUCAAGCUUCGUAUCGACAUCGACCCAGAAGAAGGUUCAGCUACCUUCGACUUUACCGGGACCAGCUGUGAAUCACUAUCUAAUCUCAACGCCCCUAGAUCCGUCACGCAAUCAGCCCUCAUUUACAGUCUUCGAACUCUUAUCGGUACAGACAUGCCAUUGAAUGCAGGUGUACUUGCUCCUGUCACUCUCAUCAUACCCAACGAUACGAUCUUAUCUCCCUCCUUAGAUGCCGCUGUGUCGUCAGGUAACACCGAGACAUCGCAGAGAGUGGUCGAUACAGUUUUCAAGGCUUUCGAAGCCUGCGCGGCAUCUCAGGGAUGCAUGAACACCUUCCAUUCGGAUUAUGAAGACAUGUCAUACGGUGAAACAAUAUGUGGUGGUGCGGGAGCCGGACCCACAUGGAAGGGGCAGUCUGCUGUUCACGUCAAUAUGACAAACACCCGUAUCGGAGAUGUUGAAGUUGCCGGAAAACGAUUCCCACUGUUGAUUAGAGAAUUUUCCAUCAGAAGAGGCUCAAGUGGGAAAGGCAUGAAUAAUGGAGGAGAUGGGAUCCAUAGGGAAUACGAACUCAGAGCGGAUAUGAUGUCCUCUAUCGUAGGCGAAAGACGGGUGAACCAGCCGUACGGUAUGCACGGUGGACAACCAGGAGAACGAGGAGCUACCUAUCUAGUCAGGAAGAGCCAUCUUGGCGAGGGCACGAGAAAGGUGAAACUUAGACCAAGUGCAGCUACCAAGGUUAAAGCGGGAGAUAGAAUCAUUGUACAUAGUCCUGGUGGAGGAGCUUACGGCGCAGUCGAGUCAGACGAUUCAUCACGUCCCUCGAAGCGGGCUAAGCCCAAUAUCGUCCCAGCCGCUAAGCUGGCUCAUCCUAAGCUGGUAGCGAGGGCAAAUGGAAGUUUGGCUGAUUAUGCCGCCACUCAAGAAAGCUGUGAUUAA